AUGUCCUCUGGGUCGAGGCCGGAAAGUCGCCUCAGUUCGAGCUAUUUGGCUCAAACAGCGUCUUCGGUCCCACGCUCAGGAUCAUCUACAUCAAAUACCUCUCCCGUCGACCCUAACACAGGAAACAUUCCAAAAACAUCAUUUAGUGCGGCGAACACUAUGAACACGAACAACUCAGGACUGGGCAGCGCGCGGCUUGGGGCAGGCUCCCCGCUCCAUGACUCUAACACUCGACUCUUCCCGAAACGUACCAGAGAGCUUCAAGCCCAGGAAGGUCUCUCGCCGGGUAUCUGGGGUCCUCCUACUGCGAGUGGCAAUUCUACCCCUCUACGUGAAAAUAUCCCAGAAUCACCCACUCAGGACGGUUUCCCCGACCUCGUCCCUCCGGCAGACUCCGACCUCAAUAGUCCUGCUAGACGAGCCAGGGCCGGGACAGUGCCUUCGAGGUUCUCCCCUGUCGGCACUUUGAAUGGUAUGAAUGUUCAGCAGACCUUGCUUUCGAAGACAUCUCGGCCCACCCCAUCAACCAGCCCUUUCAAACCUCCUGCUACGGCCGUGACUGAUGCACCAUCUUCCAAGCUGCUUGCAGCAAGCUCAAGCAAUGCAGCGCUGUUGUCACGCCUACGAGCAGGCUCCAUGCCACAGAGGUCCAACUUCCUAGGGUCCUCUAACCCUUUCGGAAACUCCCUCUUUUCCACUAACUGGGCACCUAGUCGUGAGAGGACUUCGACCUUGGCUAGUAUAAAAUCACUUGAGGAUCCUUCAUCUCCAGCUCAAUCGACCUUCUCAAAAGAUGGUCUUACAGAUUCCGAUGUCAGAACCCUUGAUUACCUUGGUCUUGUAGAGACCCCGCAACAGCCUCGAGCUACUCUUGCCCGACCAACGACCAACGACGGCAUGUCACAGCAGCAGGUACUUGGCCUACCUCAACUGCUAGAUUACAAUAUGCUCACUAGGAACGCGAACCGAUUUCGUUCAUACUCUGUCAAUGCAGCUGCCAAGUAUGAGGAUGACGAUGAACUCGGCGUGUCGUACUCUGGUCUCCCUAGCGGUACACUCACACCUUCUGCCGCUGCCCUGGACGCCCAGCUAGCUGCCACUCAAGCUCAGAUCCAUCAGCACAACCUGGCCGUCCAAGCAUUCGCUAAUCAUGCUUCAGUCAGUCGCCCUAGAGCCCGCACCGCGGGAAUCCUGGAUACGCCUCCACAGCGAGCGUCGCUUCGCAACUAUCUUGCAAAUCCUUCCAGACUAGACAACAGUAUGAGUGCAGCCGAUAUGCCGCUGGAGGAGGGCAAUGAGUACGAGAAAUUGGCAGAAUCUGUAAGACUAUUGCAGAUGAAUGGCAUCAAUACCGAUUCUCGGCAGAAUAAAGUCGAUGACGAUGGCACAGUUGCGUCACGGUCACUUUGGAUUGGUAGCAUUCCCAAUUCCACAACGGUCAGUUCUCUGGACGCCAUAUUCAGCAUCUACGGGCCGAUCGAGUCUACUCGGGUUCUAACGCACAAAAAUUGUGGGUUCGUCAACUUCCACAAUGUGACCAACGCCAUUCAAGCUAAACAGCUUCUGAAUGGCAAAGAAAUAUUCCCAGGCGCUGGCCCGGUCAGGAUUGGCUACGCAAAAGCCCCAAGCUCUACGGGCACACCAGGCAAUGAUACAGUACAACAGUCGCCUACAGCCGAUCCACAUUCGGACACGUUGUCACCCAAUGCGCGCAGUGGCGAACGUGAGGGAUUUAACAGCAAUGACAUAAAUGCGAAAACCUCCGCAGCUGCCAUGCAAGUUCCCAAUUUAGCUGAUCUCAAGUCAGAAAUGAUGAGCAUUGUGCUCGAUUUCGGAGCAACGGACGGAGCUGCUACCAAGAUCUCUAACAGCAUCGACGGUGCUAUCGCCUAUGAUCAUUACAAGAAAGAGAUCCCACCAACGUCGGAACCCAGCCAUGCCAGAAUAUUUGAUGCACCUAGACUGCGUGAUAUACGCAAGAGAAUUGACAAUCAGGUUUGUAGUCAUGGCGAACUCGAAGAAACAGCCGUUCAAAUGUUGCCUGAGAUCACGGAGCUUGCGUCAGAUUAUCUGGGCAAUACUGUGGUGCAAAAGAUGUUUGAGUAUUGCUCUGAGGAGUUGAAAGAGCAGAUGCUUACGCAGCUUGCACCUCAUCUGGCAGAGAUUGGUGUACACAAGAACGGCACAUGGGCUGCACAGAAGAUCAUUGAUGUGUGCAGGACGAUAUCGCAGAUGACCAUGAUCGUCGAUCAUCUACGGCCUUACACAGUUCCGUUGUUCUUAGACCAGUAUGGCAAUUACGUUUUGCAAUGUUGUCUUCGCUUUGGAUCUCCUUUCAACGACUUCAUCUUCGAGGCCAUGCUCAGCCGGAUGUGGGAAAUUGCACAGGGCAGAUUUGGAGCACGAGCAAUGCGUGCUUGUCUGGAAAGUCAUCAUGCAACUAAAGAGCAGCAAAGAAUGUUGGCCUCGGCGAUCGCAUUACACAGUGUCCAGCUUGCUACGAAUACCAAUGGAGCACUCCUCCUGACUUGGUUCCUGGACACAUGCACGUUUCCUCAACGCCGAACAGUCCUUGCUCCACGCCUCGUUCCUCAUCUGGUUCAUCUCUGCACUCACAAGGUCGCGUACUUGACAGUCCUUAAAGUCAUCAAUCAACGAAAUGAGGGGGAUGCACGAGAAACUAUACUCAGAGCUCUCUUUUUCAGCCCUAAUGACACCACCCUUGAGCAGAUUCUGGGUGACCAGUCUUCUGGUGCGACCUUGAUCUUCAAAGUGUUGACCACGCCGUUCUUCGACGAAGACAUGCGAUCAGAAGUCGUGAAGAAUGUGGCAAAGGUCCUAACCAAGAUCAAGGCACAGCCAAGCCAGGGCUACAAACGGCUCAUGGAUGAAGUCGGAAUGUCCUCUCGGGCUGCCCAAAACCAAGUACAGAAUCAUGCCCAUCCCAUCAACAACGAUCGCCAGCGCCAGCUACCACAGCAGAGCAAUGUUGGUUUUCUGCCACAGCCACCACUGGAGCGCCAAUACAGCGGCCAGUAUGUUCCGAAUAUGAAUGCAGCUGCAUUUGAAGCCGGGCAGGGCCUGGCUAGAACUGGUUCUGCCGAUUCAAUUAAUUUUACGCCUCACAACUUCAACAUGAAUGGACCCACCCAGUCCGCUUACCCAGCGCAAACCCCGAUCCAACAGAUGGCUCCACAAUAUCAAUCCUUCUUCGCGGCUCCGCAACGUAAUGGCAACAACUACAUGCAGGCCGCUCAAGCGAAUGCAUUCACAGGUUAUGCAACACCACCGCCUUCCAUAGAUACCAUGAGUUACCGCAACGUCUCUCAAAAUCACGGCUCACCACUUACUGGACCUGCUCCGAUGGGAAGUCCCAUGAUUAACGGUGGUUCUGGGUUCGGCCAGCAGGGUUACAGCCCAGUCAUAGGCGGUAACAUGUACGGUUACCCUCAACAAGGGUACAUGUCAAAUCAGCAGAUGCAAGCAGUGAAUGGUGGUGGUGGCAGCGGUAGAAGGGGCAGGGUAUUACCCCCCUGCAGUUCCUGUUUUCUGAUCUCUACUGACUGCAUGCUGUAG